GAAAGUUCCUGGCUUUCCCAAACUGCUGAAGUCUUGGCUAUCACUUGGUGUACAGCAAGCAUUUCUUACACAUUGUUACAGCAUGAGCCAUAAAACAAAGUACAAACUUGGUGCUCCAAGCAUUCAGGACAUGAGGACAAAGCAGAGACAAUCACAAAUAGAGAUACGGAAAAACAAACGAGAGCGCAGAUUCAAUGCGAAAAGAGUUCGUUUAGAAGACGAAGAAAAGGAGAAGCCAGAGAUUUCUGUGGAUGAGACUGAAGCUGUCUGUCGUGAACUAGUGAAGAAAGGAUCACAUGAUUUGGAGGAAUCCUUAAAAACUCUGCGCAGAGCUCUGGCACAGGGUCCGGAGUUCAUAGACACUAUUUUCAAGGUGGACAACUGCUUGCAAAGUCUGGUGGGUGUGCUGACUGGCUCAGACACAGAUCUGCAAUCACAAGCAGCAUGGUGUCUGACCAACAUUGCCACUGGUGGAAAGAACCACACGCUAGCUGUUGCGAAAGCAGCAGCCCCUUAUUUCAUCACAUAUCUGACAGGUUCAAACACCAUGCUGCAGGAUCAGUGUGCAUGGGCACUAGGGAAUAUAGCAGGAGACAGUGCUGAAUGCUGUAAAAUCUUGCAAUUGCAAGGGUGUAUUCCACCUUUAGUAAAACUUCUUGAGAGCCCUGUACCAUCUUGUAUCCAAUCAGCAGCCUUUGCACUGGCUAACCUCAUUAGAGAUGUUUCAGAAAAUUCUAAGGAAGCUGUUAACCAUGGCAUCUUGCCAUUGUUACUAAAACUGCUUCAGACAAAGGACAUUUCAACAGAUUUGCUUUGUGAAGUGGCAUGGGUGUUGACAUACCUUACCCACAGUGACGAUAUUGCAGUACAGAUGGUUUCCAUGGGGUUCUUAAGUACAAUAGUAAAUAUCAUUGUUCACUGUACAGUCACUGACCAGAUACAAGAAGGGCAAGUUGUUACACCCAUGCUUCGUGCCCUGGGGAAUAUCUGUAGUGGCCCAGAUGACUUUAGCCUGACCGCCUGUGAAAACCCACGUCUUAUGCCAGCAUUACUUGAACUGCUGAAAGCACCUUUACCUCAUAUAGCCAGGGAAACUUUAUGGGUUUUAUCCAACAUGACAAGUGACUAUAGCAUUGUCCUGUCUGUGGUGUAUGGCCCUCUACUGCAAGAAAUAUUGGCUCAGCUAGACAAGAACAUUGAAUUUCAAGAGGAGGCGCUGUAUGUUCUAUGCAACAUGGCGACCCACGGAGAGACUGUCUCAGGACAACUGGUGGCUCAUGGAGCAGUGGCAAAAGUAGUUCCCUUGCUUAAAAUCUUUGACCUUGAAGUUCUUCACCUGGCUCUUGCAUUCUGCGAGAUGACAAUCCGAUAUUCAGAUGAGGCCAAAUUUAUCUUUGAGGAGUGUGGUGGUCUGUCCCAUCUGGAACAGCUGCAGAAUCAUCCCAACUCUCAGAUCCAAGAAGAAGCUGAGGAAAUAAUAGAUACUUAUUUUGGAAAAGACUACAGUGAAGAAGUAUAUGAUUAGUGACAAUGUCAGGACUUAAAAGACUACUCAUGUUAGCUAAAUGUUUUCUGUUAUGUCUUCAUUCAGAAAAACUGUUUUUAAAUGUUCCCAUUUUCUUAUUUUAGUGAACAUUGUAAUCAGGAACUACAAAUUAUGCUUGAAAGCAUUUAAUGUUUCAUGCUUUCUCAGUUUUUAUAUCCUUAGCGCAUAGCAGUAAUUCUGGUGUGCCUCUGGCAAUCCUGAGUGGUUGAGUGCAACUGUGUGUAAUUAAGAGUAACUGUCUUUUUAUUGCAAUGUUAUUGAGAUUUUUAUUUCCUUGGGUAUGAUUUGCAGUGAGACUUUUGUGCACGAUCAUGAGAAAAUACAUGAAUGCCUGACAACAGCUUUAUUGUGAAGAUGAUAUCUACUUGCAAGUGUAUGAGUGAGGAAAUGAGAAACGUUUUGAUAAUUGUUGAUCGGCAGCAGUUUUUCUAACUUUUGAGUGUACAAAUUCCAUAGCAAUAUGCCAAGUGAGAAAAAAGAAAAUAAGCCAAGGCAGUGCCUAAAGAUAUAUAUAUAUCUCCAUUUUUAUGCAAAACUUUUAAUCAUGCGUGUUCACACACUCAUGUGUAUCAAUUGUCAUUAAAUUGCAUAAAAAUAAAAGUUUUGAAAAUUUAAA